GGCCCCGCGGCUGCGCGGGCAGCGCUUCCCGCCCUGCCAUGGCGGCGCUGCGGGACGUGGAGAUCGACCCCGAGGGCACCUUCAAGUACAUCUUGGUGCGGCUGCAGCGCCCGGGCGGCGGGGAGCGGCGGGACAUCGUCCGCGGCAGCAGGGCGGCCGAGUUCCACAAUCACAUAUUUGAAAAAGUAAAUCCUGAGAUGGAAAAGCUGGGAUAUGAGUGCAAGUGCCUUGGAGGAGGCAAAAUUGAUCAUAAUAGCAAAGACAAGAAAAUUAGAGUAUUCGGGCUCUCUACAGGCUAUGGAAAAGCAGAUCAUUCAGUGACUGUAGAGAUACUGAAAAAAACAUACACGGAUUAUGAAAUUACAUGGUCAGAUGACAAGAAAUAAAUUAUCUAUGAACACAACAAGCGCUUCAAAACUGGUAACUUUGUGAGCUGUACUUUGACAAAUAAAGUGUCUUCUAUGUAUGUUACCAUAAAUCUGGAGUAACUAGAUUCUGCUGUAACUUUUAUCUGGGAACUAAUAACAAUAUUGUAUCUUAUUUCUCAGAUUGUUCCUUUUUGUAGAGUCUGCAGUUCUAAGCUUUUUUCCUCUCCUUUUAGCAUGCCAUCUGAUUAAACACUCCCACAUCA